AAUGGAGAAAUCAAAUACACCCUAUUAGGCCUUAUUCUAACCUUUCAAAUUAGGUCUUAUCGAAAGAACAGGCUGCUUUUCUACAACAGUGGUCUCCCCUGGAUUGGAGUGCAAGAACAGAAUUACUCUAUCUGCCAUGACAAGAGGCAGAUGCGGCCAAGACUUAGUCCCUACAAAUCACCAUGCCGAAUACUAUGCACAAAGAGCAGCUGGUGGAUUUAUAGUUGCCGAAUCAUCCUCUAUAAGUGAUCGUGCGUUGGCUUAUGGUGGAGCACCAGCAAUAUUCAACGAUGCUCAAACUGAGGGAUGGAAAAAGGUUGUAGACAAGGUACAUUCAGUUAAGGGAAAUAUCUUCAUCCAAUUAUUUCAUUGUGGUAGAUAAACUCAUUCUAGUUUGUAAAAUGGAUAAAUUCCAUUGGCACCAUCAGCUAUCAGAAUUAGAGGCUAGAAUCAAAUUGCUAAGAAGGACUAUGAAGUUCCUUAAGAAAUGACUAUUUAAGAUAUUAAUUUAGUGGUAAAGUAAUACAAAGAGGCAGCUGAAAGAGCAAGGAAAGCUGGAUUUGAUGGAGUAGAAUUGAAUGCAGGACAUGGAACUCUACCAGAUCAAUUCUUAAGAGAUAGUGCUAAUAAAAGAACUGAUGCUUAUGGAGGAAGUGCUUAAAAUAGAUGCAAAUUCAUAUUAGAAGUUGUUUAAUAAUUAAUCGAUGUCUUUGGAGCAGGUAGAGUUGGAGUCAAAGUAACUCCAGUGACACAUCAUGCUGAUAUGAAUGAUUCAAAUCCUUUGGAGUUAUAUUAAACAUUGUUGAGAGCUUUGAGCAAUCUCAAAAUUGCCUAUGUUGUACUAAAGAAUGAAAAUGAUCCAGAAAACUUCUAAGACUUCGGAUAUCCAGCAUCAAAGAAACAAAUACCUUGUGUCUAUUCAGCAUUCAGAAACUAUUUCACUGGAGCUAUAGUGGCUAAUGGAGGAAUCACCUUAGAGGAAGCAGAUGAAGGAAUCAGAACAGGCAAAUUCGAUUUUGUUGCCUUUGGUCAACUUUUCAUAUCCAACCCAGAUCUUGUUGAUAGAGCUAGAAAUGGCUAUUAAUUAAAUAGAAAUAUAGAUUGGGGAACUGUUUUCUAUGGAGAUUAAAAGGGAUACACUGACUAUCCUAAAUAUCAAGUACCAUCUAAUAUCCUAAGUGAAUUGAUUAAUCCUUUGAAGAUCAAUGACUUGUAUUUACCAAAUAGAAUCACUAUGUCUGCAAUGGAUAGAGUCAGAACUCCAGCUCCAUACAUUCCAACUGAAUUAAAUGCUAAAUAUUAUGCUUAGAGAGCAACUGCUGGUUUAAUUGUUUGUGAAGCCACUCCAGUAAGUCAAAGAUCCAUGUCAUAUCCAGGAUCACCUUGCAUUUACAAUGAUGAUCAAGCUAAAGGCUGGGCUUUAGUAACAAAAGCUGUACAUGAUAAGGGAGGUAGAUUAUUCUUGCAACUGUUCCAUGGUGGAAGAAAAACUCAUUCAUCAUUGUAGAAUGGAUUAGAACCAUGGGCACCAUCUGCCAUUGCAAUCAGAGGAAAUUGCUAUAGUGCUUAAAACAAACCAUUUGAGAAACCACAUGAGAUGACUGAUGCUGAAAUUCAAUUAACAUUACAAGAAUUUGUAGACGCUGCUAAAAGAGCUAAGACUGCUGGAUUCGAUGGAGUUGAAAUCAAUGCUGGUAAUGGACAUCUUCCUGAUCAAUUCCUUAGAGAUAGUGCUAAUAAAAGAACAGAUCAAUGGGGAGGAAGUGUUGAAAAUAGAUGCAAAUUUGUAAUCCAACUUGUUCAAAAGUUGAACACCAUCUACCCAGGAAGAGUUAGUAUCAAACUAACACCUAUUGGUCAUACUGGAGACAUGAAUGAUAGCAAUCCAAUUCAAUUGUACACCUAUCUAUUACAACAAUUAUCCAAACUUAAUUUGGCUUAUGUCACUUUGGUCGAAGACAAGAGCUAAGAAAAUGCUGAUGGACAUGGUUAUCCAGCUUCAGAUAAGUAGAUUUAAAAUCUUUACAAAUCAUUGAGACCACAUUACAAAGGUAUUUUGCUUGCAAACCAUUCUAUUACUCCUGAAAGAGCUAAUCAGGAUAUUAAAGAUGGCUUGUAUGAUGCAGUUUCCUUUGGGCAAUUAUAUAUAAACAAUCCAGAUCUAGUGUAUAGAGUAAGAAAUGGUUUCUAACUCAAUACUAAUUUUGACUUCAAGACCUAUUUUGGAGGAGAUGAAAAGGGAUACACUGAUUUCCCAACCUUCGAUGAGGAAAAGAAGUAAUGAGAGGAUUGUGAUUAUUAUAUCAUAAGUAUCAAAAAUUAUAAAUACACAUUAAUAAAC